AUGCGCGCGCCCGGGCGGCCCCUGCUCCUGGGGCUGCUGCUGGUGCUGGGCGCAGCAGGGCCCGGCCGGGGACGCGUGCAGCCCCAGGGACCCACGGACCGGCAGACGUUGCUGCGGCUCCUGGUGGAGCUGGUCCAGGAGCUGAAGAAAUACCACUCUGGGGAGUCCAAGAGGCUGCAGGUCCUCAGCGAACCGGACUUUGCCCUGGGCCGCAGGGAGGCCUCAGACUAUGGGACAGACUCAGAGGAGCAGAGAGUGGAAAUUGUCCCUCGAGACCUGAGGAUGAAGGACAAGUUUCUGAAGCAUCUCACAGGUCCUCUUUAUUUCAGUCCUAAGUGCAGUAAGCACUUCCACAGACUUUACCACAACACCCGAGACUGCACCAUCCCGGCAUACUAUAAAAGAUGUGCCAGGCUUCUCACUCGGCUGGCCGUCAGCCCAAUGUGCAUGGAAGGAUAA